ACAGUUACCCACUAGGUAGCCGUCUUUUCAACCAGCCUCCUGUACAUUUCUGUGCAGCAGCAACAAAGAGCCCUCUUCAGGUCGCAAUCUAGUCCUUCUGUCUUGGCUUGUCAACUACAAGGUCAAGUGGACAGUGGCUUGAGGAAAAGCACACACGAGACUCUUGCCAAGCCCUUGAAGACUCAAUUCUGUCCCAGCAUGGAGCCAUCUGGAAGACAAUCGGAGCACAAGCUCUCACAGAACAAUUCGCCAUCCAAUGAGGCAGAGGCAAAGCGUCUUUCUCUGGGACCCUCUCCCAUCGGAUCCGAGCGCGGACCAUCACCAAGCGCUCCGGGGUCCAACGCAAAUGCUUCAGCUGCAUCGUUACCCUCUGGUGGCCGCAAUUCUGGCGAGUUCGAUAGCAUGAACUCGAGUGGGAUUCUUGACCCAUCAGACACGGAGGGGAUCAAAGCUCGCCUCGAGCGAAAGCGUCUCGAGCACGAACAUCAGCGAGAGAUCCAGCGCCAAAAGUUUGAGGAGCAGAUGAGAACUCUUGAGCAGCAGCAGCGAGAGGAGGAGGCAAGCUUGCUCCGACAGGAAGACGGCAAAGGUGCAGUGGCUGAAAACACCACCAGUGCGUCGGCUCAAGCCCCUCGUAGCAGCCUUGACGCUGCACGUCCCACGGCCUCCACUACCGGCGCUCCUUCCUACAGCACGAACCUUGGCAAAAGUCCUUCGGCGCAACUCAUCAGCUCUCUGCGAGCCAGCGCUGCAUCGAGUCCUACGAGCAACGCGCUCGGAUCUGGCCUGACCGGAGAAAAUGACACUGAAGACGGGUGGAACGGUAGCAACGUCCCCGGCCUCGCACCUUUGAGCAAUACGAGAUCGAACUCUUCUACCCGCCGAAGUAGUCGUGACACCACUCUGCCGCCUUCUGGCCGCGAGAGCGGUACUGGUGCCAAUGACCUGGCCAGCUCCUUCAAUCGUCUCAAUGUCGGCAGCGGCGGCGGCGGCUCAGCCCCCGGAACAGCAUCUGGUGGUAGGCCCGUCUCUGCCAGUCUAGCUCCAGGGGUCUCUCGUCUGCUCUCACGCAACAACCAAGGCUAUGAGGGUGCAGGUACCAAUGGUUCGGAAGUCGGUGGCAGUGCUGGCAUGACACCCGUCUUCAACGAACGAUUCCUCUUCGAUGACGAGCUUGACAAUGAGGACUCAGCCUUCGUCAAGAAGUACAAUCUCUCGGACGAUGACGACAAGUUUCCUGUGCUGUUGCGCAAUGACAAGUUUGCGGCCAUGCCGAACCAGCUGUCCACUUCCUCUGCAGCGCUGGACCUUGCUCCGCUGUCCAAGAAUGAUGCACGCUACAACUCUCGAGGUCCUGGUGGUGAAGGCGCCAACGCUGGAGGAGAUGGGCCCCGCCUGUCGGAAUGGCCUCAAUUCGAAGGCCGUGGCAGGGAGGACCAAUUCAUCGACCGUCGAGGACGCUCUGAGCGCAAUUCCCCUCGUCUCAGUGGUGGCAACCCUGCGAUGCGGCCUCUUGGCAUUGGACAAACGCCGAACCGAGGAGGAGUUGGUGCGCCUCAAGAUCGUCAAGUCAGCCUCGGUGGAGGUCCGGGCGCAUCACCCUCACCUCACGCUGUCGGACAAGGGUCUUACGGAGGCAUGGCUGCCAGGGGAAGUCUGACCAACCGCCCGCAUCUGGGUGACGAUUCUGUUAACGGACCCAGCGCAUUCCAUGGCAAUGGUGCUUCAGGUCGCAAUGACGGUGCCAACGGCCCUCGCUUAAGCUCAGGUCAACACACUGGCCCACGUGAUGAUGCAGGCAACUUCCCAGGAUUCGGCAUGGACGGCUCUUCCAACAGACGCUUUGGUUCGAUGCCGCCUUCUGGACCUUUUGAUGACGACGGAAGCCAAAACCGCAACAGUGGCUUCUACAGCGGCUUCGGCAACGGUACUGGCAUCAACUCUGCAUUUGGCUACGGAGGCCCAGACGAAAAUCUGACCGCGGAUGAGCUUGCUGCUCGCAAAGGAGAACUCGAUAUCAACACUAGAUUGGAAGAUCUCCAAGGCGAGAUUUUCACCUUGUGCAAGGAUCAGCACGGUUGUCGGUACCUACAGAAGAAGCUCGAAGAGGGGGUCCCGACGUAUCGAGACAUGAUCUUUGCAGAGACCUUCUCCCACUUUGCCGACCUCAUGACGGAUCCGUUUGGCAACUACCUGUGUCAGAAGAUGCUGGAGUUCUGCACGGAUGAGCAGCGCGAUCUCAUUGUUGAGUCUGUAUCAUCAGAGUUGGUGACAAUCUCCCUCAACAUGCACGGAACCCGAGCUGUCCAAAAGACAAUCGACUUUUUGUCCACCUCGAGGCAGAUCCACUCCAUCAUCAUGGCCUUGAGCAUGAAUGUCGUGACGCUCAUCAAGGACCUCAAUGGCAACCACGUCAUCCAGAAGUGUCUCAACCGGCUCGGUUGCGAAGACAAUCAAUUCAUCUACAAUGCCGUGGCAGCCCACUGUGUCGAAGUCGCUACCCACCGCCACGGCUGCUGCGUCUUGCAGCGAUGUGUCGACCACGCCUCUGACAAGCAGCGGGUACAGCUGGUACAGGAGAUCACCUACAAUGCCUUGACUCUGGUUCAGGACCCAUUUGGCAACUACGUCGUUCAGUACAUCCUCGAUCUGAACGACGCUCGCUUCACCGAGGCUGUCAUCCGCCAAUUCAUUGGCAACGUAUGCCUGCUCUCCGUGCAGAAGUUCAGCUCGAACGUCAUUGAGAAGUGCAUCCGGGUGUCUCCCGACUCGGUGCGCAGGCUUCUUGUGGAGGAGCUGCUGAACAGGGCUCGAUUGGAGAAACUGCUGCGAGACUCGUUUGCCAACUACGUCGUGCAGACUGCCCUUGACUACUCGGACCCCAUACAGCGAGCUCAGCUGGUGGAAUGCAUUCGCCCCAUCUUGCCGAUGAUUCGCAACACGCCCUACGGCAAGCGCAUCCAGAGCAAGCUGCAGCGGGAAAGCUUUGACAUGGCAGGCCCAGGCGGUAUGGGAGGAGGCGCUGGAGGUAUGAUGGGCGGCGGCAACUUGCCUCCGCCUGGCUCAGCAGCCGGCAACGCACAUUACCAGCAGCUCCUGGCUGCAGCCGCCCAACAACAGCAGCAGCACUACCAGACGAUGGCUGCUCUUGCAGCCGCACAAGGCCAAGGUCACGGAGCUCCAUCAAGACACCAGCAGCCUCACCACGCCAUGGGCUAUCCUCCGUCCGGAGGUGGAUACGGACGCGGUGGCCCGUCCUCUGUUUCUGCAUUGCCUCCGCCUCAUCAACUGUACGGUGGCAUGGACAACGGACCAGCCCCUCCGACGGGUCCUUCGCGAGGCUAUGGUUCUCCCUCUGGCAAUCGAUAUGGGGGAGGUGCCCCUCGUGCCGGCUUGGCCCCUCGCAGCAUGAUGGGUGGUCUUGGAGGCGGCUAUGGAGGCUACGGAGGCGCCAAUGGCGGUGGUGCUGGCGGGGCUGGCGGUCACGGACGGGGUCACUACCAACCGCCUUCGGUAGGCUACGGUCAAGGUCCCUUUUGAGGCGAUUGACGCUUCAGUCUGACUCGGAAAGAUGGGCCUCCACCACCCGCUUCUGAGGUUCUUG